AUGGCGGAUAAAAAGAUCAAACUAAAUAUCACACAGAUGAUUCAGAACUUAACUAAAAUUGAAAAAUUACUCACAAAUUCUAAAAAAUGCGCUACUGAUAAACGAACAAGAGGUUUUUUGGAUUCACGGAUGGAGAUUUUACAAGAUUAUUGGUCUAGUUAUUCCAAGUCUUUUGAGACUCUUUCUGUAUCGAUAGAUGCUGAAACGUUACAAACAGACUACAAUCUUGUCUUAGAGGAAAACUUUGAACGCACUGAAGAAUAUUACCUGGAGCUAAUAACAUGGCUUAAAGAUAAAUUGUAUGAGCUAAAAGAGGAGAAAUAUGAAGGUUUAAACUCUGAGACUUCGUUGGAAGUUUCAAAGAUGAGACCAAAACUUCCACCAAUCUCCAUACCACAAUUUUCUGGCGAUUACAGUCAGUGGAUGAGUUUUAGAGAUUUGUUUCGCUCUCUAAUACAUAAUGAUGAUCGUUUGACUAAAAUUGAGAAACAUCAUUAUCUGAAGUCAAGUUUAUCUGGAGAAGCUGAACAACUACUAAAACAUUACUCACUAACGGAAGCUAACUAUGAUGACGCCUGGAAAAAAUUAAAUGAGAGAUAUGAAAAUAAGAGAAUGAUAGUCAACAAUAUCCUCAGUCGUUUCUUAAGUCAAAAGGCAUUGACAACUGAAUCUGCAAAGGGUAUAAAAGAUCUUCUAGACACCUCUAGCCAAUGUCUCACUUCCUUAACAAAUUUGAAGGUCGAUUCCUGGAAUUCUAUAGUCGUGCACAUCCUUGUCUCAAAGUUGGACAUUGAAUCUCACAAGCUUUGGGAACAAUCAUUAGAAAAUUCCACAAGCAUUCCUACCUAUGAGGACCUUAUAAGUUUUCUAGAGAAACGUUUCCGAACUAUGGAAAUGGUCAACAUUUCACAACCUCCACAACGACAUACUCCAAAAACUGUUCAACAAUCACCGAGAGCAACAACUGCCAAAAGUUUUGCUACUGAAGUUGAAAACACUUGUACUUUUUGCUCACAGAACCACUAUAUUUGCCACUGCAAAGGUUUUGCCUCACUCCCCGUUCCUGAACGUCAAGAUUUUGUUAAGAAAAACAACAUAUGCUUUAACUGCCUCGUGAAAGGUCACUCAGUAGUCAACUGUAGACAAAGCACAGUCUGCAAAAAGUGUGGUCGUCGUCAUCAUACGUUAAUUCACUUCACCUCUCCUAAGGAUGACAACGCUGGUAAUACUGCUAAAGAGAGAGAUAGCCCAAAAGGAAAUAGCACUGCUGGACCCAAGACUUCUUGCAACGUCAGUGUGAACCUGAAAGCUGAAACAAAUGAUGAUCUGGUUAUUUUAGCUACUGCUGUAGUUUAUGUAGAUUCAAAGAACAGUGGUACUUACGCAUUGAGAGCUCUUGUUGAUCAGGGUUCACAGGGUUCUUUCAUUUCCGAAGGAGCUGCGCAGUUGUUAAAGCUUAAUCGUAUUCCAGUUAAUGGCAAAAUCUCUGGAAUAUCUAAUUCAUCGGUGGUAACUACAAAGUCCAUGGUCUCACUUACAGUCCACUCCACAAAAGAUAAUGCAUCCACUUUCAAAGUCAAUGCAUAUGUUUUAAGAAAACUCACAUCAUUGUUGCCUUCACGAGAAUUUCCACAAGAUACCUGGCCUUUAUCUAUGCAGUUGGAUCUGGCUGAUCCAAACUUUCACAAGCCAGGGUCUAUUGAUAUCUUGCUCGGUGCUGACGUGCAUGCUUACAUACUUCUGGAAGGCUUACACAAGUCAAAUUCUCUUAUUGCACUCAACUCUCGCCUUGGUUGGUUAAUAUCAGGCAGAGUUUCACAAACUGAUUCAGUAGCGUAUGAACACAAUAUGGUCGUUAUGCAAACGAAGGUUGAGACAGAUCAGUUACUCAGACGAUUCUGGGAGAUAGAAGAGAAUUUACCACACAAGAAACCAAUGACCGAUUUAGAAAUACAAUGUGAAGAACACUUCAAAAACACUCACACUCGCAAUGACGUCGGUCGUUACAUAGUACGCUUACCAUUCAAAGAAGAUCCACCCACAAACCUUGGUGAUGCUAAACCUCUUGCUAUCAGCCGCUUACAACAGAUGGAGAAACGUUUUACACGCAAGCCUGAAUUCAAGGAAGAAUAUCACACAUUUUUGAAGCAGUAUGAAUCACAAGGUCAUAUGAUGAUGGUACCUGAAAAGGAAACAGAAACACAGAAAGUAUAUUACUUACCUCAUCACGCUGUUCUUAGGUCGACGAGUCUAAGCACGAAGCUACGUGUAGUUUUCGACGGAAGUGCUGCACCUGAAAAAGGAAAAUCAUUAAACGAUGAACUUCUAAUUGGUUGUUCUCUUCAACAAGAUAUUAGAGAUUUAAUAACUAGAUGGAGACAACACAAAAUUUGCUUAGUUGCAGAUAUUCGUCAGAUGUAUCGUCGGAUUCUCGUAAAUAAUGAUGACGUUGACUACCAGAGAAUCGUAUGGCGAGAAUCUCCAACACAACCUAUAAAAGAAUAUAGACUACUUACCGUUACGUAUGGUACAUCUUGUGCUCCAUUUUUAGCCAUUCGUACACUUCAUCAACUGGCUGAAGAUGAAAAGAAUGAUUUCCCCACUGAAGCUGAAAUCCUGAAAAACGACGUAUACAUGGAUGAUUUGAUGACGGGCGCAUCCACAGUAGGAGACGUUGUGAAGUUACAAAAGGGCCUGACGGAGCUGUUGGCUCGUGGCGGAUUCCCUUUACAUAAGUGGUCAUCAAACAGUAAAGUGGUGCUAUCACAAAUCCCAAAUGUUGACAAAGACUCUGAAAGUGCCAUAAAUAUUAAAGUUGAAGAUACGAUCAAAACAUUAGGUAUUACUUGGAACUCUGACGCAGAUAAUUUUGAACUUAAUGUAAAUUUAAAUUAUUGUUCUACUAAUUCAAUUACCAAAAGAUAUGUAUUGUCAACAAUUGCAAAAUCUUUCGAUCCACUAGGUUGGCUAACACCUGCAAUUAUCAUACUUAAAAUAUUCAUGCAAAAGCUGUGGUUAGCUGGCUUAGACUGGGAUGAAGAAUUACCUACUGAUCUUAAAGUAGAAUGGAAUACUUACCUCGAUCGUUUCACGCAUACCGAAAACAUUCAGUUCCCACGAUGGUUUGGAGUUUCAGAUGACACCACUAAGCGGGAGCUGCAUGGAUUUAGCGAUGCUUCGUGUACUGCUUAUGCUGCAGUAGUGUACCUUAGAGUUUUAGGGAAUGAGGGUGAAGUAAAAGUUUACCUUGUUAUUGCAAAAUCUAAAGUUGCCCCAGUAAAACAAAUUUCUGUUCCACGUCUUGAACUCUGUGGUGCAGUGCUAUUGGCAAAAUUGAUCCAACAUGUUAAAACUAUUUUAAAUAUACCCGACGAUGAUGUAUUCACCUGGACGGACUCUACCAUCGUUUUGGCAUGGCUGCGUAAGACACCAAACACAUGGACUACAUUUGUUGCGAAUCGUACAUCAGAAAUUUUGACUCUCACUAAUAGUAAUCAAUGGCACCAUGUUUGUUCUGCGAACAAUCCCGCUGAUUUAGCAUCGCGUGGAACCUUCCCAAAUGAUCUGCAGCAGUCAAAUCUAUGGUGGAGUGGUCCUCAAUUUUUACAUGACACGGAUGGAUUUGAACUUUCCCCCGUUGAUAUUCCCUCGACAGAUUUAGAAAUGAAAGCUACUACCAAAAUAUUGUGUAAUGUUAAUUUUAUCGAAAAGGAUGAUGCAAUUUCUUAUCUAAAACGAUUCUCAACACUGUCAAAAUUAAUUCGGAUGCAAAAGAACCUGUAA